UUUUUAAUUACAGAUCUUUUCCGUCGCUUUAGUGCACGCUUAUUCCCAGCCGGUUUGUUUAGUAGAGCUGGUGCUGACAGUGAUGAAGAUGAUUCCAGUGAAAUUGGUUUCCCCACCAUCGAUCCCAAAAAGGCCAAUAGCACUUCGACAGUAAAGGUGGUCGAUGGUCAUAAAGUGGAGGUUAACGAAACCGUUUAUGGUGAUGAAAACAGUGUCUUCAAGGUACGUGUGGUUAACAUACGCCCCUUAGAAGAUGGCGAAACCGUUGAAGAAACCGAAAAUAAAGACAUUAAACCAGUAACCCAAGGACCCACUGAUAAAAAUCCCAAUGCCGAAUCAAAUGAAUCAGAAGAGAAACGUGAACCUUUGGCAAAGAAACCUUUAGAUAAUGAAAUUCAGGGCAAUAUUGAUGAUCCAGAGGUAAAAUAUUAAAUUGUUUUGUUUUACUGUUCUUUUUUAUUUUUUUUCUCUGUAAAUUUCUAUAAUUUUUCCUUAACAAAAAAAAAAAAAACGCUUUAAG